AUGCGCUGUGUGAGCUUCCCUCUCAUCGCUGCGCUCCAGCUGACUUUGCUCAGCAUUACGCAUGGUGCUAAAUGGACAUAUGGUGGGCCACAAGGAGAACACCACUGGUCCAAGCAUUAUCCAUACUGUGGAGGUACUUUCCAGUCCCCGAUAGACAUCAAGUCUGAGCUGCUGAGGUUUGACCCAACUUUACGUCCAAUUGAAGUUCAAAACUACAACCUGUCACCAAAUGAGCAACUCACUCUGGGAAAUAAUGGGCACUCCUUGCAAAUAUCAUUGCCCUCAAAGAUGCACAUCUCCAGCCUGCAUCGGCGUUUCACCGCGGCUCAGUUACAUUUCCACUGGGGCUCGUCCAGUCGACCCGCCGGCUCUGAACACACGGUGAACGGUAAACAGUAUGCGGCAGAGAUGCAUGUUGUACAUUACAAUUCUGACAAAUAUCCCAAUAUAUCCAUGGCUGUGGAUAAGUCUGACGGUCUGGCUGUGCUGGGGGUUCUGGUGGAGGUUGGGGAAUUUAAUCCAGCUUUUGAUCAGUUUCUAAAGUUCAUCAAUGGCAUCAAAUACAGAGAUCAGAAAGUGCAGGUGCCUGGUUUCAACAUAAGAACGCUUCUGCCCGAGCGUUUGGAUGAGUAUUAUCGCUACGACGGCUCCCUGACGACUCCUCCGUGCUAUCCAAGUGUGCUGUGGACCGUUUUCAGAAAUCCUGUGACAAUUUCUCAAAAACAGUUUCUCUCCAUAGCAACGGCCCUCUACUCUUCCUAUGCCCAAGACUCAGCCCUCAUGCCACUACAUAGUAACUACAGGAAACCACAGCUGCCCGAAAGCCGAGUUGUACUGGUAUCUUUUAAGGAGGGCAGAGGACUGCACGGUACCCUUACAGUCACAUCUCCCCUCACGAGGAAGAGACUCAUUCAGCAGCUGCUGGUCGGAGACCUAGCAGACUUGGCUGAUGAAGGGCUGUAUCAGCUCCUACCAAGUGGCUCACAGAAACUCCAUGCUGGCAAAAGGAAAGACCACAAGAACUGGCUUAGUGAGAAUCUGGCCAAACCCAAACAGCAAUUGCUGAAUCCAUCUCUUUGGAAGAAGAGCCAGACCAACCGCUAUGUGGGAAAGUUGGGGCUGGCUGAAGACACAAUGUGCUACGUCUCACUGGAGCAAAGAGUUUUUCAUCAGCUCAGACAGUCCCACGCUGAGAAGCGGCUGGUUCAGACUCUAAGAAAUACUGUUUUCCCUGAACUCAAUCUCAAGAGCUACCUGGAGUAUGACCUUUUUUGGAUAAACACUGGUUUACUGAUUCCCAUACUGGUGAUCUCCACACUGGGAUUAGUUCUCAUUGUAUCAAUAGUAUGCUGCCUGUUUAGGCAAAAAAGAUCUGCUGCUGAUCAGAAUAGAGGAAAAAGUGCUGGAUACAACCUCGGAGAGCGAGACGAGUACGGCUCCAGAGUCUAA